AUUUUAAAAUCGAAACGUCAAAAGCUAAAUGUCAAUCCGAUGUCAGUGGUGUCAUGAAAGUUGGUUUAUUCGUUAUUUACAAAAAUCUAUUAGUGAUGUUCAUAAGGAAAGGAUAGUGUGUGAUCUGAGAAAGUUUUUAAUUUAAACCGGAGUGAAUGACACCAAAACUGGACGAUGAGGAUAAAAAUCCUCAGUAUGCAAUAAAACAACAUUUGCUCAAACUAGCAAUAUGCGUAUAAUAAGCAUCUCUUUGAGCGGAAUUUUGGUGUGUCUGUUCAUUUUGGUCGGUUAUGCGGCGGUUGAUUUGCAACCCUGCGAUAAAUCGAGACGGGUGUUCACGGAUACGUGGGGCGUAAUUACGGACGGGCCCGUUGGUUUUAACUACACACAGGAUAGUCAUUGUGAGUGGCUAAUCAAAGCAAAUGGAAGUAGUAAGUUCAUCACGUUAAGUUUUCGUAGUAUGGGAACUGAAUGUUCUUAUGAUUAUGUAUUUGUUUACGAUGGGGAUUCGUUUAAAUCGCCGUUGUUGGGCAGCUUUAGCGGCAAAACUGAGCCACAAAAAGUCAUCGCGAAAUCUGGGUAUAUGUUAAUUUUGUUGUACAGCGACACUAAUUAUGUAUUGGACGGAUUUCGAGCUGAAUAUUCAAUCACAGAUUGUCCUAAUAAUUGUACAAAUAACGGUUUUUGUAAUAAAUAUACGAAUCAUUGCGUUUGUGGUAGUAAUUUCGGUGGAUUUGAUUGCUCAAAAAAGUUAUGCCCAGAUGAUUGUGGUCAAAAAGAAGGAAAGGGGAUAUGUUUGGACGGAUUUUGUAAAUGUUCGCCACAUUAUUCCGGGCAAAGUUGUAGCCUAUUCGAAUACGACGAUGACGGAAAUAAGUGGCAUUGGCUGAGUUAUUCAGAAAAUGGGUUAUCUCAGCGAGCGGCACACAGCGCAGUUUAUGUUCAAGCAACUGAUUCUUUGUAUGUUUUUGGAGGAUAUAACUUAAACGAAGUUAUAAGCAGCUUAGAAGUGUACAGUUUUAAAAAUUCCACUUGGACAGAUGAAUUAGGUAAAGAAUUACCUGAUAGGAAAUUAUAUAAACCCAUAGUACUUGGGACAAUACGCCAGCUACUUGAAAUAGCGAAUGAUCCGUGGUUAAAAGAUUGGGGAAUAAAUAAACAAAAAUCGUCCUUCUUCAGUAACUACAUAUAUAGUUUAAAUGAAAAUUUAGGAAAUCGUCGCACUCAAAGACAUAGUCAACAUCCACGAGGGCAAAAACCCGCUGCAAGAUACGGACAUGCCGCGUGCGAAGUCGAUGAAGGUUUUUUAAUCUUCGGCGGGAAAUUACAUAACGGUAGUUUAGCAAAUGAUUUAUGGCUAUUUAAUGUUUUUACGAAACAUUGGGAGUUACGAGCUCAACUUUCCGACAUCCGACCCCCUCCAUUAACGCGACAUACUCUAACUAGAGCGGGUGACACGAUUUAUUUAUUUGGAGGAGGAACCGCCAGUGGUGAAUUCUCAUCGAAAUUAUUCUCAAUAUCUUUAUUACCCGAUCGUAGCGAAGAAUGGCAAGAAGUUAAAUAUCGUGGUGGUAAAGAAUUGGAUGUUAGGAUUGUUGCCCACACCACGGUUUAUCACGCGGCAACAAAUUCCUUAUUAGUUUACGGCGGAAUCGUAGCUGGAAUCGCGCGAUUUUCAAAAUUAUCCGACAGGAUGUACUCGUUUCAAUUAAAUCAUCGCCAAUGGACCGAAAUCCACUACGCCCGAGAAUAUUUACGCGAAUCUUUUGUACCGAGAGAACGCGCUUUUCACACUGCAAAUAUAAUGGGGAAUUAUCUUGUGGUUUUUGGAGGUUACUCACAUCGACAUAACAAAGAAGAAAUUUGUUACGAUAAUCUUAUGUAUUUGUACCACUUAGGGUGUCACAUUUGGGUUAAUCCUGAAAUUUUGGGGAAAGCUAAAGACUCAAAAUAUCCAAAACAACAAGGCGUUUUCGCUCACGCUUCGAGCGUCCGAAACGGAAACACUUUACUUUUAAUCGGGGGUUAUCACGGAAAUAUCAACGGUGAUCUUUUAGCGUAUACAGUCCCUCCAAUGAUUUCAACACGAACAAACGAAUUUUACGAUCCCGACACGAUUUGUGGGAGACACAAAAAUAACGCGGAAUGUAUCAAAGAUCCGGAAUGUGGGUGGUGCCUUGCGGAUGCUUCUUGUUACGGAAGAACAGUUGGAGCGAAUUGCACGACAAAUUUGUUAACAACGCGGUGUUUGGGAGUUUGCCCGGCCCUUCUUGAUUGCCGGUCCUGCUUAAUUCAUGGACUUUUAUAUCAAAAUGCGAAACAUUUAGUUUCCGCAGCUUACAAACUUGGAUUGGCCGAGUGUACUUGGUGUGUACAAAAUGCUCGUUGUCACCAUAAGGAUGAUUAUGGAGUUUGUGGAUUGAGGGAAGAUCGACCGGGAUGGUGGGGAACUAAAGGAACGGAAGUUGUUAAACCUGAAGAGUGUAAUAAGUUGGAUGAACGACCUGGAUUAACUUUUAUUAAAUAUUAUCAUCCUGUUAAUUUUUCUCAACCGGAUAUUGUUGAUAUCAUAAACGCUACAACAGCAGAUUUAAGCAGCCCAUCUGGUCAUCUUUUAAAAACGGUGGAUGGUUCAAUGAUGGGUCGAAUGUUGGGUUUUUUACGUCCACCAAACGAAUGGGAUGAAAAAUUAAAAGUUUGCGUAGCAUCUUGUAACGCAACGUUAAAAAUCGGGGACGAUUUAGUAUCAAGUAUAUCAUCAAUAUAUCGAAAAGUGUGCAUGCCAAAAAAUUGGCCAGAAGACGUCUCUUCCGAUCGUGUAUCAAUUGAUUUCCUAGCUCAACGCGUUAUAAGCUCAUUUAGUUCCCACCAACAAGUCGGAAUGAUGCAUCUCCAACAUUACAAAGAAAACGAGGAAAAUCAACCCAAAUUUUUUCGAUUCGAAUAUUUAGAACCAUACAGUAACGGAAGUUGUCUUCAAUACACAAAUUGUCAACAUUGCUUAACAGAUGCAAGUUGUGGUUGGUGCGAAUUAUCGAAUCAAUGCGUUUCAAGGGAAUUAGAUGAAACGAAAAGUUGUGUUAUUGAAGACGAUUGGAGAUAUUUAACCUUACAACCAAGCGAAUGUUCGAAUUGUUCGAAUUUUAUCUCGUGCGAAAGUUGUACAGGAUCGGGAUUUUGCGAAUGGUGGAUUGAAGAAGCUAAAUGUGCUAGAAUUGGAUCGUUUCAAGAUGCGGCAACUAACCCCGAAUUAUGUCCAACACCGUGUUAUAAACGCCCGGAUUGUUCGAGUUGUCUUCAAGAAAAAGGGCGUUGCGUUUGGUGUGAAGCAACUCAACAAUGUUUUAGUUUUUCGGUUUAUACCAGUGAGUAUCAAUUCGGAAUGUGUCGCGAAUGGUUAGAUCAAGCAUUUCCACUUGUUACAAAUCAAGAAAGCAAUUUCCAACAAACCACUAAACUUCAAGAUCAAUGCAAAUCCUGUUCGCAUCACGUAAAUUGCACAAAUUGUUUAAGUUCAUUAAGUUGUGGUUGGUGUUAUAACUCUUCAAAUCCAAUAAAUGGGGUUUGUGUCCAAGGUGAUUUUAACACACCCACUGUAAAUUGUUCAACUCAAUUGGGUAUAACCAACGCUCGGUGGGCUUAUGCUCAAUGUCCAGAUGUUGAUGAAUGCCAUUUAGGACUUCAUGAUUGCCACCCAGAAGCUAUUUGCACCAACACAGAUGGUUCAUUUGAUUGUAUUUGUAAACGAGGAUAUUUAGGCGAUGGUCGCACAAGCUGUGUUAAAACUUGUUACAACACGUGCGUUCAUGGCUCUUGUUCUGGCGAACCAGAUUACACCUGCAAAUGUUCAAUUGGGUGGAUGGGCCCUGAUUGUUCAAUAAACUGCGAGUGUAACAAUCAUUCUUAUUGUCCGAAAGGAGUCGGGAUAUGCGAGGCUUGUCAAAAUUGGACUGAGGGUGAACAUUGCGAUUUUUGUAAAGCGGGAAGUUACGGGAAUGCAACCACGGACCAAGGUUGUCAUAAAUGCGAGUGUAACGGACACGGAAACAUCUCAAAAGGGGAGUGCGAUAUACAAACGGGAGUGUGUUUUUGUCAGGAUAAUACCGAAGGGGACCGUUGCGAACGGUGCAAAGCCAAUUAUUAUGGCGAUCCGCGAUAUGGAAAGCAGUGUUAUUAUCAGUGUGAAGCUAGAGGGAUGUUAAAAAGUAGUGAAGGGCAAGGGAUAAGUUCGAGAAAAUCGUAUAAUACUUCAAGAGAACCACCGCCAAGGGAAUGUUUAUGGAUUAUUAAUCCAAGAGUUGAAUUUGGAUCUGCUAUUAUUCAAUUACAAGUAAACGCAAGCGAUUUAAAUGUAACUUGUGGUGAAAAUGCCGUUUAUGUUUAUGACGGUUUCGCGGAAUUAACAGAUAUGAGCAAUCAAAACGCAUUAGCAGCUGCAUAUUGUAGUGAAGAUGCUUUACCAACAUCAAUUGUAGAAUCAAAAACAGGUCACUUAACUGUCCAUUAUAAACAAGGUACUUUCGGGGAAGGUUUUAACGCAAUCUAUAAAGUGAUUCAUUGCGGUCAAUGUCAAUAUCCGCGUAGAUGUAAGAAUGGCCAAUGCAUUUGCGACGAAGGUCGUGUUGGUCCAAAUUGCGAACAAAUAAUUUGUCCCGAUGAUUGUCACAGCGGUGAGGGUCGCGGGAUUUGUGAUAUCAACUAUGGAAGGUGUUUGUGUAACAAAGAUUAUGGUGGGACAUCUUGCGAUGUUAGUUUAAAUGGUACCCAAUUAGUUUUCACCGAACUUUUCAACACAGUUCACUUAGCAGAUACUUUAGAACAUCUCCGAAAAACUUUACCCCGUUUUGGACAUUCCCUUCUCUCCGAUCGUAGUUCAUUAUGGAUGUUUGGCGGUUACUCAUUAUCACACGGCCCUUUAAAUGAUAUUCGCCUUUUCGAUACGCGUAACAGCACUUGGGUUCAAGUAACGGUCGAUUCGCCACCCGAUGCAAAAAUGCCGCAUGGAAGAUAUUUUCACGCUGCCGAUUUAGUCAAUUCAAAACAGUCAAUUUAUAUUUACGGUGGUAUUUCGAUGAAUAAGCGUCGGAAAAGAUUUUUUAACGUUAAUAAUCGCACGUUGAACGAUUUGUGGCAAUUUGAUAUUGAAAAUAAACGUUGGGGUGAAGUUGAGAAACGCGGAGCGUGGCCGCCUGGGUUGUUGGGACAUAGUUUGACUUAUUAUAAAAAUGGAACUUUGGAAAGUUUAAUUUUGAUCGGUGGGGUUUCGCCGCAAUUUGGAUUUUCGAGUGAUGUUUGGGAGUUUAAGCUGGAUAAGGAGGUUUGGGUGAAAUGGGAUGAUGUGAAAGGAAUGGGGCCGUGGGGAAUUUUCGGUCAUACAACUGUGUUUAAUUCUCAACUUAAUUUUUUGUACAUUUUUGGGGGUUACGAAUAUCAUCGGAAACAAUUAAUGGUUACGAAUAAUUUGUAUGUACUUAAUUAUAGUACUCGGACUUGGAUUAAUUUGUUUGGAUAUAGCAUGGAAAAUAAUUUACCUAAUCCGAGAUUUUUACACUCGGCUGUAACAACAGAAAAUUACAUGUUUAUUUAUGGUGGAAAAUCGAUUUCCGGCGAUCAAAAAUUCUUUGCUUAUUCUUACAAUUGCAACCAAUGGAUUAACUUAAUGUCCUCGUCAAUAUCAAAAAUUGGCGAUUUACCAAUCCAAACUUACGCUCAAGCAAUGACUAUCGAAUUAGAUCGAAAUUUGGCAUACAUAAUUGGGGGUUGGGGUACAGACACCGAAUCUACAGUAACCCAAAUCACUUUACCAUCCGAUUUUUGUUCGUUAUGGUCAAAUAAAUCUUGCAUUUACAUUCCUGAUUGUAAAUAUUGCGCGUUGAAAAACGACACUAGCAUUUUAUCGGAAAGCUGUUAUUGGAAAUCGAAACAAUGCCCCUUUGGAAAUUAUGUAAACAUAACAAAAAUUGAAAAUAGCGGUAGAAAUUGUUCUGGACCUUUAACAGAUUGUGAAUCAUUAAAAGAUUGCGGCGCGUGCUUAACGCUACAAAAUUGUCAAUGGUGUAAUAAUAAUUGUACAGAUAAAACAACGUCUUCGUGUUCAGGACAUAAAACAACAUCACCUGAUGAAUGUCCUUCAGAAACUUGUCGCGCGGCAAAUUGCAUACAAUGUUAUCAAUUAGAAAAUUGCGACUGGAUUAACUCACAAUGUACUCAAACUCUAAAAUCAUCAAAAUUAACCGUUGCAUCUUGUCCUCAACCAUGCUCCGAUUACAAAACAUGUUCUGAUUGCUUGGAUAAUCGUGAAGGUGAUUGUCGAUGGUCAACUCAAUUAGACGAAUGCAUUUCAUCAACAUACCAACCAAUUUAUUGUGCUGGAGGAGUUUGCGGAUUAGUUCUCGAAAAAAAAGAUGAUCAUAAAUGUCCAGAAAAAUGUCCUAGUUUUCGACAAUGUUCCGCGUGUCUCACUCACAGUCAUUGUGGAUGGUGUGCUGCGCCCGGAAUUAUGGGGGAAGGAGUUUGCGUCGAUAGCAAUAAAAAAUCAUGCGAAACUAUUUUUGAUGAUGAUUCAUUAAAAACGUUUAACUUAGAUCGAAACAUAACGUAUUCAUGGCAUUAUGUGCGAUGUCCAAAAGAAGAUGAAUGUAAAAGUGGUCAUCAUAGUUGUAAUAACAUCUCGGAGAUUUGUUAUGAUAAAGAAAAAGGAUUCGAUUGUCGAUGUGGAAUUGGUUAUAAUUUGAGUUCGAGUGGAGAAUGUGUUCCUCUUUGUUCACAAGGUUGCGUUUGGGGAAAAUGCGUGGAACCUGAUAAAUGCGUUUGCAAUUUUGGCAUCGUUGGCUCAAAUUGUAGCAUACCAUGUCAAUGUAAUGGUCACGCUAAUUGUGAAGGACCAGAUAAAUUGGAUAAAUGUCUGGAUUGUUACAACAAUACCAUGGGCUCACAAUGUGAAAAAUGUAAACCAUCAUUCGUCCGUGAUCCUCAAGAUAGUAUAAAAUGCAUUCCAUGUACGGAAUAUUGUCACGGUCAUUCCGCAACGUGCGUUCCAGAAAACAUGACUGAAGUUGAUCUGACCAUAGUACUAAACGAAGGUCCGUCGGGACCUGCAAAAUGUUUAAAUUGCGCUAAUUUAACCGCGGGUACUCGUUGCGAUGAUUGCAUAAGAGGUAAUUUUCGGCCACCGCCUAAUAAUUACUCCCAUCCAUGCCGGCCUUGUGAAUGUCACGGACAUGGUGAUAAUUGUGAUUCAAGAACUGGGGAAAAUUGUAAUUGUAAAAAUAAUACGGUUAGUGAAGAAUGUUCAACGGAUAAUGGUCGUAAUUCCGCACAACAAUGUUGGACGGUACAAUGUUCAAGGUGUAAAGAAGAUUAUACUGGAAAUCCGAAAGAGGGGCGACAAUGUUAUAAACAAUUAACUGUAAUGGGAAAAAUCGGUUUCGAUUCGAGUACUAUCGAUCAAACGAAAGAUCAAAGAAAACCGUUAUAUCCGGGUGAAAUGUUGUUUUUAAUGGUUUCCCCGAGAUUCGCAAAUUUAGAUAUUCGAGCGAAUUUUGAUGUUACACAAGGGAUGUUGGAUGUGUUUUUAAGUACUAGUGAUGACGCCUUCAAAGCGGUUGUAAAUUCAUCGACAGGUUUAAAUGAGAUAACUUUUAAUCCCCCCUAUAAAGUUGGGGAAAAUAUUACUAAAAAUGGAGAACAUUUAAUUAUAAGGGAAGCAUCUGGGUUGAGGACUUAUGUUACUGUUGACAAACCUAAACCUAUAUUACACGUAAAAGGAGUAACUGAUCGAUUAGUUAUAAUUUUACCACAGGUUAGAGCUACGAAGGCUCGACAAAAUAUGCACGAAAUAAAAUUUUACUUCAUUAUCCGAGUAAGUGAUCAAAUAGAUAAAGAAGAUAAGCGAGCGUUCGGCUUGGUUUAUUUCCAACAAGAUCAAUUACACAUCGAUUUAUUUGUCUUUUUCUCCGUAUUUUUUUCGUGUUUUUUCCUAUUUCUGGCAGCUUGCGUUGUCGCUUGGAAAGCAAAACAAGCGGCGGACGUUCGUCGGGCUCGCCGAAGACAAGUCAGCGAAAUGUUACACAUGGCCAAAAGGCCCUUUGCUAAAGUCACAAUCAAUUUAACCAGCAGGCCAAGAAUUAGAAGUUGGCUCCCGUAUGAUGUACGUCCGGUUGCAGUUGAACCAACAGGAGAUGGUUUAGCCGCUGUAAUAACUGUAUUUAUAAGUUAUCCCGGAGGUCAAAGCCCUCCUGUAAGAUUAGCGAUGGCAUCGGCGUUGAUUCUCCAUGAUAAACAUUCCGUUACAAGUGGACGUGUUUUUACACGAAGAAGAUCAGCGCAUGGUGUCCCUCAGUUGUGAAUUUUUUUUUAAAUACUCUUUUAAGCACCUACUGAAGAAUGAAAAUGUUGUAUCUCUUCUAUUUUAAUGUUCUACUCUACGUAUUGCUCACGACAAUUCCAAAAUAAGAAAAAUUUUUUAUUAUUCCGUUUUCUUAGUUUUUAAGAAUGAUAUUAAUUUAA